AGAGAGAGAGACAGAGUUGUUUCAUCCCAAAAGCAUAUUCUAAAAUUGAAUAAACAAACGAAGACCAUUGUCAGUCAAAUCUUUCUCGGAACGCUUCCACUUUCCUUCUCAACCACGGUAACCGCCACUCGCUCUCCGGGGAACAAAACUGAGAAAGAAACUCUAAUGGCGACGACUGAAGCUGACGAAGUCACGGUGAUACUGGAAGAACAGCGUGAAGAGAUCAUGGCGGCUAAAGCCCUAGCCCGCGACCACGAUCUGGCUUUCAAUCUUCAGUUGCAGGAAGCCCUAGCCGCUUCUCGAGCAUCGCUCACAUCAUCCCCGGGAUCUCCUUCCGACGACGCGACAGUCAAUUUCACUGGCGGAGAUGCUGGUGAGGACGAAUUCGACUUCACUUCUCUCAUUCUACAGGACAUUGCCCGAGUCGACCAGGAGAUGCAAGACCGCGAGUUUGGCAAAAAAGAGAUGAAGAGACUUAAAGUGGAUCUCGACCGUCGGAUCCACGAUCAGAAGUUUGCUAAAGAGAUUAUGAGCAUCCCAGACGCAGAUUGGAGCAAAGACGGUGACUAUUUCCAAAAACCUUACUCACUCGGAGCUUCUUCUUCCUCCUCCUCCGUCGCCAAUGUCCCUCCGUUCUCCGUCUCAGCGAUUGGGGAUGAGAGCUUCCGGGUCUAUUGUAAAGGUUUAGUGAGUGAAGAGAUGAUCGGAGAAGCGAGAGCAGUUGUCGGUGGUGUUGGUGUGGCGAUUUGUGACUCGGCGAAUAAUCUGAUUUGGGAGGUGAAGAAGGUUUUGGGAGGGGAAGAGUCUAAAAGCCCAGAGAUUGCAGAACUGGAGGCGAUUGUUCAUGGGUUGGAUGAAGCUUUGACCUUUGAUUUGGGAAGGGUUACUUUUUUCAUUGAUGAUUUCAAGAUCUUCAAUUACGUCACAGGCAGGGUGGAACCAAGGCAGAGCGUUGUUGCAACACUUGUGAACCAAGUGGCUCUUCUCCAGAACAAGUUCUCAUAUUGCCAACCAUCUCUUUUGACAAGAAACGAUGUCAAGUUUGUGUUCAAGCUCGCAAGAGACGCGAUCGUUUCCCAAAUCAAAUGGCCUGAGGAAACAAGCGAAGGGAAGACUUUCAAGGAGACUUGUGUCAUCUGCUACGAAGGCAUCAUCGUCGACAAAAUGUUCUCGGUAGACGGAUGUUUCCACCGUUUCUGCUUUUCCUGCAUGAAGCAGCACGUCGAAGUGAAACUACUCGGAGGGCAAACAGCUAGCUGUCCUAGCGACGGGUGCAAAUCAGAAGUAAAGAUCGAGUGCUGCGCAAAGUUUCUGGAUCCUAAGCUUGUCGACGUUAUGAUCCAACGCAAGAAAGAAGGCUCCAUUAGUGUUACUGAUAAAGUGUACUGUCCAUAUCCAAAAUGCUCAGAAUUGAUGGUGAAAGCUGAAGUCUUGGAGUAUACAAAACAGUUCUUCGUUGGCGCUGAGCGAUCCGGUGCGAGAAAAUGCAUGAAAUGUGGGCAUUUCUUCUGCAUGCAGUGCAAAGUACCAUGGCACUAUGGUAUCACCUGCGAGGAGUUUCGUAGAUCGAAGGGAUAUCAGAACGCUGGAGAUGGCAUGUUGAAGUCUCUGGCUCAGAGCAAGAGGUGGAGACAAUGCAUAAAGUGUAACAAUCUAGUUGAGCUUGUUUGGGGAUGCUACCAUAUAACCUGCAGAUGCGGAUACGAGUUUUGUUACACUUGUGGAGCUGAAUGGAAGAAUAAGAAAGCAACAUGUACGUGCCCGAUUUGGGAUGAGCGCAACAUAAUCCGUGAAAGGAAUGUGAAUCCUAGGAGAUGAUUGUUUCUGUGUUGUGUGAAAGGGUUUUAGGUAGUAGCUUAUUAGGAGUAAGUGUCGGUAACAGUUUAAGAAUCAAAAAGACCAGUUUAUGGUUUUUGUUUUUGCGGAUUUUGUGGGUUUUUUUAUGAACUGAUCCAGACUUUUGUUUCGGUGUUUAGUUUAAUGCUUGAAAACGUUGACAUUUUAAGCUUGGACGCGCGCGCGCAGGUAUAUUCAAAUUAUAUGGU